CGCAACAGAAUGUACAUCGAUGCGCAUGGAUGCGAUACUGUUCAAGAUUAGGGAGCCAAAAGGACGUUCUGCCUCGACGAUUCACCCACUGGUGAAACAGACCCACGCUUGAUAUCGUAACAACGUGGCAAAGAAGUAACGCAUACUCUGCAUUUGGACAGAAACAAUUAUCCAGCCGCAUAGUACCAUCUUACAGGACUUUGCUGUUGAAACAGACUGAAGCUUGACUUGCCAUCACUGGAAUUCAUAGAUUGGAAGAGGAGCCUGAACAAAGAACCUCUCUGGAGAUCAACGUUGUAGGAGGCUGAUCCGGUGGUGAAGGAAGUCGUAAAGAGCGAGGAGGUCAAGAAGGAGGAGGAGGAAGAGGAGGGCAGGCCUCAGGCCCAGCCGGAGCUGCGCUGUGCCAUGGUGGAGUACUACCAGAUCCUGGGCGUCCCCAAGAACGCGUCGCAGGAUGACAUCAAGAAAGCGUACAGAAAACAGGCCCUGAAAUGGCACCCAGACAAGAACCCCGAUAACAAGGACGAGGCGGAGAGGAGGUUUAAGGAGCUCUCAGAGGCCUAUGAAGUGCUGUCAGAUGAGAACAAGAGGAACCAGUACGAUAGGUUUGGCAAGGAAGGCCUCAGUCGAGGAGGUGGUGACAGAGGAGGACACUAUGAUAACCACUUUGGUGGUGGCUUCACAUUCCGGAACCCAGAGGACGUCUUCAGGGAAUUCUUCGGCGGCCGAGAUCCGUUUGCAGACUUUUUCGCUGAUGACCCGUUUGAUGACUUCUUCGGAGGUGGUCGUCGCCACAGGGGGGUGAGCAGGAGCAGGACAACGGGUCCCUUCUUCCCCGGUUUCGGAGGGGGCUUCCCCGGCUUUGGAGCAGGCUUCUCAGGAUUCGACUCGGGUAUGGGUGUGUGUCAGGGCUUGACACUGGCGGGCGCCAUGGCGCCAAAUGCGGGGUUCUCCCACUUUGGCCAGAUGGGGGGUGGGGGCUUCGCCUCCUUCUCCUCCUCCUCGUUCGGGAACGGGGGCGGCGGCGGCGGCGGCAACUUCCGCUCCGUGUCCACCUCCACCAAGUUCAUCAACGGCAGGAAGAUCACCACCAAACGGAUCGUGGAGAAUGGGCAGGAGCGCGUGGAGGUGGAGGAAGAUGGCGAGCUCAAGUCCCUCACAGUCAACGAUAUGCCUGAAGGGAACGCCUUGGAGGACGAGCCACACAGAGUCGUGGCGCCAUGGCGGACGAACUCGCUCCCCGCUCCGCCCUCCCUCCACCACGGACGCUACCUCAAGAGCAGUGCCCAGAACCCCCCAGAGGAGGAGGAGGACCGGGGCCUGCAGAGCCUGGGACUCGCCAGAGGACUGUUUGAUGCCAGGAGGAAGAAACUGUGGCUGAGGGAGGGAGAUACUAAGAAGAAGCGGGCACCCCGAUUGGCUCCUAGGAUUGGGGCGUGGUUUUGAGAGAAGCUAAUGUCACUGUUUCAUGCAUUGGAAUGAUGUGGAGACACCUCACAUAGUCUACACAUGCAGACACACACACACACACACACACACACGCUCACACACACACACGCACACACAAACAUGCAACAAAACAAACAUAAAUGCCAGUGCCUCAGUGCUCUCUCACACAACAACCUUUAUUUAUUCAUGUUAGUGAAUCCACCCCACUGAGAUAUGAGUGAGUCCUCUCUCUCUCUCCCUCUUGCGCGCUCUCUCUCUCUGCCUCUGUCUCUCUGUGUGUGUGUGUGUGUCUCUCUCUCUCUCUCUCUCUCUCUCUCUCUCUCUCUCUCUCUCUCUGCCUCUGCCUCUGUCUCUCUCUCUCUCUCUCUCUCUCUCUCUCUCUCUCUCUCUCUCUCUCCCUCUCUCUCUCUCUCUCUCUGCUGCUCUCCCAUUAGAGUUCUCCCCAUUCAGCGGUGUGAAUAUGUAUCCUGAAUAUGUAGAUUUCCUUUUCAAGGUCUUCCUAUUCUCUCCUUGCUCUCCUGAGCUUAUAUGUGUUUAUUUUUUGGCGUUCCUGAAUGCUGCAAUGGCUUUUCCUCCUGAAUGCAGCUCUCUCUCUAAUUACCCAGUUGGAGAAGCCAGUGGGGAGGAGAGGUAGACGAGACGGGGCGCGUCUCUGUACUCCGUACGUGCAACCUUUCACCCACACAGUCAAUACUGCAGUGUUAAUUAAUUCAACCCUUACAGAGUUGAAUUCGACACCCAUGGUGUUGGUACCACUCUCUAAGGGUUGAAUUAGCACUGUAAAAACACUGUGCACUUAGUGUGUUUGUGUGUGUGUUUUUUCAUGUGUGUUUGGAUGACUGUUUUGUGUUUUCUUUUUCUCUCUUGUGUAUAGUGUCUGUAGGCUAUGCCACAUGGUCGGACACAUUGAAUUGCAAGGCACAUACUGUACGGCACAAGGCCACUGCACAUAUGCAAUUAUAGGUGGGGAUGUAAGAAUUGUAAGAUUAUUAGAAAAAGAAAAAAACAAUCAGGUAAGAGGGUGGACUUGCUUUGAAUGUGUAUGUGGAUAUAUGGCAUCUGUAUGCUUUGAAUAGUGUUAAUCCUUGGAUGUGUGCAUUUGUAUUUCAUUCGAUAUUCAGUGUCAAAAACAUGGAAACCUUCUCAGAUUUGUAUGUAAAGUGUACUCAAAUUCAAAAUAGUAGAAAGUAAGGUUUUACUCAAUUCCUUUGGUGAAUGGAAUGCUAAUGAGAUGUAAUGUGCUACUGUUCACAUGUGGCACAGCAGAUAUUAGGGGGGAACCUGGUUGGCAUUGUGGAUGGGCUUGAAAGCCAACAAUGGAUUGAGGAUAAAGUGUGUGGUCAGGUGGAGGUAGGGACGGGGCGUAAUCACAGGGUGAGUGACAGAUCAAGGCACCAGUGACAGGUUUCAGAUCUUAUGAACGCAGCUAUUAGAGAGUUAACUAGCCAAUGGGGUCAAAGAGGACAGAAUAAAAGGCACAAAAGGAAGACAUAAGACACAAAGAAUAAGACGAACAAGCUACCUUACGUACCUACAGGGGUGAGAAAGGUAGAAUGUUUUACAUUAUUCAUACAGGGACUUGAGAGGACAAGUUGUCACUGUGCCCAUCCUUUACCCUGGUGUUAAACACUGUAUCAAUAUUUCAGGCCAUUGGAAGGAAGCAGAAAUCAAUGCCUUUAUAAUGGAAGCCCUCCUUUUGGGUAGAUGCCAAAGCUGAAUACAAAGUGUUCACAUUCACUACCCAGCAUAUGUAGGUCACAAAACAAUGAAAUUCACAACAUACACUGUGCCGGUGCCCGUUCCCGCACCUAAUCGCGAACCGACCGUCGUGUUCACACCACAGCUUUUAUCGUUCGCGAACCCGAAAGUUGGUUCGCAAUACCAACGGCAAAAUACUAGGUUUUUCUCCACGAACGGUGAUGACAGCGUGGCCGUCAGCAGGUUCAUAUGGAUAACACAGUCACGUGCGGAUAAAGUUCAGAGCCCGGUAUGAACACGGGAGGUUCGCAGAUAAGCACUUUAGUGCCGAACGUAGCCUAACUGGUGUGGGCACCGGCACCGGCUCCGUUCUGGUCGACCUGAAAGCCCUAUGUGAGGGAACCCCACGGUUCUCGAAAAGGAACCUCGGAGAACCUUUAGGAGUUCCUCCACAGUGCCAAACUGGAGAACCCCUAAAAAGGUUAUUUGAGAAACCCUGGGUUUCCACUGUAAAGAGCCCCUGUAAAGGCAUCUCUGAGGGAACUUGAGGGAACUUGAAGGAACCUGAGGGGUUCUACCGAGUAGAGUAACCCCCGAUUCAGCAGUGGGUUAAUUGAGGAACUUUUUUCUUUUCUUUUUUAAAUGUACAUAACAAAAAAAAUCAGAUAUAGCCUAGCCAAGGUUUGUCACAGACAGGAAAAAAAAUGGAGGCUUUCUUUAGCAGUGUUUUUGGUCAGUACAAUACAUGGGUAAAGAAAUCAGAGUUCUGAUUCCAGAAUACCAAAGAAUAAAUCGGGCCGGGAAAUGACAAGGGCUGCUUUUGGGGGAAUAAUUGCACUUCCAUUGAGAUUAGUGGUGAUGUAAUGUAACAGAGUGGCUGAAGUAAUAUCUCUUGUGUGACAGCGCUGUCAAAUAAAAACUACAAUUGGAUGGAAAGCCAGCCAGGAAACCGUGGGUGAGGAAGAAUCAAAUGAUUUGACAUCCUACUGAUUGUGGUGUAAUUGGCUUAAUUGAUCCGACUCCGUUCAGUCACUAUGAAACUAAGAGUUUGUAACGUUAUUUGUCCUACAUUUAUGUCAACAUUCAUCAGGUAUGUGGUCUGUCGCAGCCAGAAAAACAUUUUUGUGUGCAAUACCGUAAUGAAACCAUUCACCACUACUAGGACUUUGACAAAGUGAAUCUGUCUUUAGGCCAUAUUAUGUUUUUUUUUUCCCUUCGCUGUAAUAUUUUAGCGGUCUGUCAUGACUGAAAUAAUAAUUCUGUGGAACUGCAUGAAUUUCCAUGCUCGCUCAACGGAUGAAGAGGCAUGGUGCUGUUAUGUUUUAAUGCCGUAAUGCUGGAUGAUAUUGUUUCUUCAUGAACGUGUCAUUUCUGUUUUACAGUCUGAUGGUCAUCGUAUGUAUGCGUGUUGUGUGCUGUAUAGAGAAUGGUCUAUGCUUUCUUGUGGUCAGUUGGGAGUUGGACAUAUUUUUUUGAAACUUCUCUUUUCUAUAUCUGCAGAAUAAAACAUUAAAGGAAAA